CGCCCGGGAAACGCGGGUGCGGCACAACGGGAGGAGACCCCGCCCGGGAAACGCGGGUGCGGCACAACGGGAGUGACCCCGCCGCCGAACGCGCGGGCACGUGGUGCCGCUGUCCAGGGACACCCGCGUCCGCCCGCGCAGGACACCCGGCGGCGGGAGACGGAGCAGGAGAGGGCGGAGGAAAGGAGCAGCGGGCUGGUCUGACUGCAGACACGCGCAGAGGCCGCGGGGGCCGUGAUCCCCGUGCUGGAGCUUCCCUGGAAGCCGCCAGUGCCGGAGGCGGCGGUGCCCGGGCGGGGCAGGGUUAAGCGAGCGGGGCUGGCUAGGAGCGGGCGUGCCCGGCCCGAGCAGGAGCCGUGAGUUCCCGGCUCUUCCAGGUGCCGCGGGAUCGAGCUGUGAAAGGCACGUCGUCAGAAAGAAACCAGCCCUGGUGUCACAUUUAGUACACUGGACAAGACAUCUGAUACCUGAAUAAUUAUGUUCAGGAGCAAAGCAUUGAGUGUGUUGAAACUGAUUCCCUUGAUGUCUGGCCAGUCAAAUUUGGCUUACAAAUUUAUUCAUCCAAUUGCUUCUCCUGGACAUCACUGUCACAGAAGUGUGAUUUACAAACAGAGGUACAGGAUGUGCCCUCAUAGUGCUGGAAGACAAACAAUAAGUGCUGGGACCAAGGUCAUGGCAGAAGAAGAGUUGCCGGGUGUUUUGAUUGUGGAUAUAGGAGGAACUCAUGGUGUCCUAGAAGACCUUGCAGCACUUUUGAAGAAACACUUUCACCUUAUCACCAUGAAGGAAUUUCUUGGAAACAAAGAAGAAAUGAGCAAAAAAAUCCAAUCUAUUUUUGUGUUUGAGUGCAGGCCAACUAUUGACCAGGAGCUUCUAGAAAGCCUGCCUAAUUUAAAGGUAAUUGGAAACUCUGGGGUUGGAGUGGAUCACUUAGACUUGAAAAUGAUCUCAAGCUUUGGUGUAAAAGUGACCAACACUCCGCACGCCGUGGCAGACCCAACAGCAGACAUAGGAAUGGCCUUGAUGCUGGCCUCAGCCAGAAGAGUAGUAGAAGCAGGCUGCCAGAUUGCCGUGUCUCCAGACACAAAGCAUUUUGCUGUUGACUGGCUGGGAGUAGAAGUAACCAGAGCGACACUUGGGAUCGUUGGGAUGGGCAGCAUUGGAUACAAAGUGGCUCAGAGAGCCAGAGCCUUCAACAUGAGGAUCCUGUACCAUAACAGAAACCGCAGAAGAAAGGAGGAGGAAGAGGCUGUUGGUGCCCACUACUGUGCAAAGAUGGAAGACUUGUUGCAGCAAUCUGACUUUGUUAUGUUGGUUGUGAACCUGACUCCUGAGACUCACAAACGGAUUGGAAAAAAGGAGCUGGGGCUGAUGAAACCUACAGCCACUCUUAUAAACAUCAGCCGAGGUGCAGUUAUUGAUCAAGAUGCAUUGGUAGAAGCUCUCCAGAAUAAGGUUAUUAGGGCUGCAGCUCUGGACGUGACAUACCCUGAGCCUCUGCCAAGAGAUCAUCCUCUAUUAAACCUGAAUAACGUCAUCAUAACCCCACACAUUGGAACGGCAACAGUCCAAGCCAUCCGUAUGAUGGCAGAAGAAGCAAUAGCAAACAUGCUGGCUGUUCUCAAUGACCAGCCCAUUCCAAGUGAAGUGUUUCCCAAAUGAUAAGUGCCAGAUGAUGCCACUUAAUCUCCUGUGUAUGGGAAGGCACUAUUUCUUACCACUUCCAAGUUAAAAAAAAAAAAAGCAACCUGUUUCUGCACUGCUCAUCACGAUGCUGCAAAACUGUUAGACUUGAUCUGUUCUGUUGCUUACAAUUCCAAAAAAUAAAGUGAAACUAAUAAAGGAGAUUUGUUUGAAGAUUUUAACUGAGCGUUAUGCAUUAUGCAUUUUGAUAUCUUCAGUCUGUUUCAGUGAAUAACAGUGUUCUGUUCCCAGUUCUUGCUGCUACAUAGUGAUAAGCACAUGCACCAGGCAGUUUGUGUAACACUCUCAGAUCUGUUGAAGAGGAAUGAGUAUUGAUUCCCUGCAGAAAUUUGACUGUAUCCUAAAAAACUUUUCAGCCAAUAUUCCAGUAUUCUAUUUUGAUUUGAAAACACUGAAGAAAUGUUCUUUAAAGUGAUCACAGGCCUAAGGUUUUCUGAUUUAAGAAGAGCCCUACUUCCUUUACAUGUUAAAGCAAAGCCAAUUGUUGAAAAAGUGUCUUUAUUUUUCAUGAGAUGAUCCUUUGAAAACCAAAGUAAAUUCCAAGAGAUUUAGUUCAGCCAUGCAGACAAAAAUUACGCUUUUAUCUUGACUGGCUGUGAAAGAAAGGUAGAAUUACCAUUAAGAUCACAAGGGUGAGGGCAUAACCUAAAGCAGAUUAAUGAUCAGUCCUAACUUGCAGACCAGGGCCAAGCUUUUCCUUACAUUCUCUUUCCUAUUAGCAAUCAAAAAAUUGAGAAAAUUCAAUAAAGUGGUUGUUACCUCCAUAAAGUCAGGAAGACUCUAUUAUUUUGCAACAUGGUCAGGCUCCAUGAAGGGAUAGUAAAAUGAAGUCCUAACACAGGAAGUGUAGACAGACCAAGACCUAGAUACUCCGUUGGAAACAGUGAAAUAGUACUUACAAGGCAACAGAGUUGCCACAGAAUUGCUAUUCCAAGAUCAUCAGCCUCUGAACACUGUCCCCACAGCUCUUCUCAAAAUUGCUAUAGAAAAUCAAAGGUAGCUAUAAAUACUCUGUCAAAAAAAAAAAAAAAAAAAAAAAAAAAAAAAAAAAAAAAGAA